UAAAAGCCAUCCUGCAAAGGCAAUGUGUUUGCUACAAUACAAAGCAGAGAAGCUCGCAGAAAUGACUUAGAUCCUAUAUUACUGUUUUAGAAUGUUUGCAUGGUUCUGUCACCCUAGGACAUACUUGCUUUUACCCUUACAGAAUAAUCUCCCAGCUUGUGUGGUCAGGUAUGAAAACAGCGGUACCCCGAUGCUAACACCUGAUGUGAAUGCAAGCUGUACAGCAGGACAAGUGCAUCCCUCGCUGGACGAGCUGCUGGGACCAGCCUUGCUAUUUUCUCAGACACUACCAUCUGUCUCCAUGAAUGUUAUUUGUUGUAGUCAUUGUGCACACCAUAUGCAGAAAGGAGAGCACGGAGGUGGGGAGCUUGUUGCUUUGGAGAUCAGACACUUUGCUAUUGGAGGCAGACCCUGUUAAGUACCCCCUCCCAUCUGCGAGACGACAGCGAUUUCCCAGCAGGUUGCGAGGCGAUCGCGAUACAUGAAGUGUCCGGACAAAAUAAAACACCCAAGUGAACAUUUAGGGGGUCGAGGAGGCUAAAGGAUUUGGUGCUUUAUAGCAUCCGAUAGUCAGUUGCAAGUUGUGCGUCGCUGCUGAGGCAUCAGGGCGCUUUCGGUGGAACUCAUCAGUGAGGAACUACUGAAGUAUGGAUGUAUUGUUUGCAUUGCUCUAUUACAGUUAACACCAAGGCAGUGCUCAGUGUGAUGCCAGGUUAGAGAAAGAUCAGACUCCGGGAUCAAGCAAGCACUUUGCAGAGUGAAAGUCUGCACAAGUUGUUCUGUUGCUAGACUGGCAAACACUGCUUGUCAUUUGCAUGCCUUCCUGUAAGCAAGCUUGGCACCGGAGGAGGUGCAAUGGCUUUGGACGAUAAACGUGAUAAGAAGGGUUUAUCUUUCACGCCGAUGAUGAUCGAGGAGGACUCUGUGAGAAACGGAAGAGGUCUUUCUGAUCAGUGGGCUGACACAAUGGUGGUAAGACCCCGGACCACGGAGAGACACAUUACGGUCCACAAGAAGCUAGUCCUAGGCUUCGCCAUUUCAAUUCUAGCGCUUAUAAUCGUGACUAUCAUUGCAGUCCUACUCAGCGUCAGAUUUGAAGAGUGUGCUACUGGAAGUGAAGGCUCUCAUAGAACUGCUAACAGUAGUCUGCUGGCUAGUGAUGCUAAGGUCCCCCCUCACAGCCCGACUGCGAGCAACGAUGCUUCCCCUCAGAAGGAACGUAAAGAAGAAGAGGAGGAUGCCAAACCAUGGCUCGAUCUCCGCUUGCCUACAGCGUUACAACCUUUACAUUAUAACCUGAUGCUCACCACUUUUAUGGACAACUUUACUUUCUCUGGAGAAGUGGGCAUCGCCAUUGAGUGCCUGAACUUCAGCCGCUUCCUUGUGCUCCAUGCUGACACUCAGCUGAAGAUUACGAGGGUCCAAUUGUCCGCGGACGGUAGGGCGGCGCCCUCAGCCCUUAAUGUGACUAGGACAUUCUUUUAUCCUCCAAAUCAGGUAUUCGUUAUGGCUUUAUCCGGACAGCUGGAACCCCAAAAGCGUUACAACUUAAGAAUGAGUUACCACGCUCGCAUCGAUGACGAUCUUCUGGGCUUCUACCGGAGUUCUUACGUCAUAGAUGGAGAGAGACGGUCUCUUGCAGUUACACAGUUUUCUCCCACCCAUGCCAGAAAAUCCUUUCCAUGCUUCGAUGAACCUAUCUUCAAAGCUACAUUUAAAAUCAGUAUCAAGCACCAAAAGAGCUAUGUGUCAUUAUCCAAUAUGCCAGUUGAAACCACCAUUAUGGAAGACGAUGGAUGGGUCACAGACUUUUUUGAACAAACUCCACCGAUGUCAACGUAUUAUCUUGCAUGGGCUGUCUGUGACUUCACUUACCGAGAGACAUUCACUAAGAAUGACAUAGGAGUUCGCUUGUAUGCCAGGCCUGACGCAGUUCGAAGAGGAUCUGGAGACUAUGCCUUGAAUAUAACAAAGAAGCUCCUAGAAUUUUAUGAAGACUAUUUUAAAGUACCAUAUUCUCUUCCUAAACUAGAUCUAUUAGCUGUGCCUAAGCACCCCUACGCGGCCAUGGAGAAUUGGGGUUUGAGUGUUUUUGUGGAGCAGAAGAUGCUGCUAGACCCUACGGUUUCAUCUAUUCCCUAUUUACUGGAUGUCACCAUGGUUAUCGUACAUGAAAUAUGCCAUCAGUGGUUUGGUGAUCUGGUGACCCCCGUUUGGUGGGAGGAUGUCUGGCUGAAGGAAGGAUUUGCCCACUAUUUUGAAUAUGUUGGCACAGAUUACUUGUACCCUGGCUGGAAUAUGGAGAAACAGAGGUUCUUAACAGAUGUUUUGCAUGAGGUGAUGCUUCUGGAUGGCUUGUCUAGCUCUCAUCCAAUCUCCCAAGAAGUGCUGCAGGCCACAGACAUUGACAGGGUUUUUGACUGGAUUGCUUACAAAAAGGGUGCAGCUUUAAUCCGCAUGCUCGCUAACUUUAUGGGUCACCAAGUGUUCCAGCUGGGACUUCAGGAUUACCUGACAACUCACAUGUUUGGCAAUGCAGCAAGAAAUGACCUGUGGAAUAAACUCUCAAAGGCUUUACAAAUGGAUGGUAAAACAAUCAACGUAAGUGAUGUUAUGGAUCGCUGGACAACGCAAAUGGGCUACCCACUUGUCACUAUUGUUAGAAGUGAGACUGUGGAUAAUAUUUUAACAAUAAGCCAACAACACUUUAUCUAUGACAUCGAUGCGAAGAGCAGGAAUCCUGAACUUGCUAAUAUCAGCUACCUGUGGAAGAUACCAUUAUCAGUUGCUGUGGGAAAUGCAAGUCACAUGUCAUCAUCAGCCGUUAUAUGGGUGUCUAAUAAAACAGAGCAACAUCGAGUGCAUGGUUUAGAUGGGAGAAGCUGGCUAUUAGGAAACAUCAAUCAGACUGGCUACUUUCGAGUUAACUAUGACAUCCGUAACUGGAGGCUCCUAAUUGACCAUCUAAUGAAGAAUCAUGAGGUUAUUUCUGUUGGAAAUCGAGCUGGAUUGAUUGAUGACGCGUUUAAUCUAGCAAGGGCAGGAUACCUUCCUCAGAAAUUACCUAUUCAGAGAAUAAGAUAUGUCAGCAAAGAAAUUAACUUUCUUGAGUGGCAUAACAAAAAACAAGCAUUAUUUCCUUGAGAUAAGAUAUUUAAUCUGACAGAGAUUUCACAUUUUGCAAAAUAUGUACUAAAACAAGUUACGCCAAUGUAUGCAAAACUUGGAUGGCCAACGAGCAAUCUGAAUGGAUCAUUUGUCCAGGCUUUUUAUCAGACUGAGGAAUUACGCCGGGAACUUAUAAUGCUGGCCUGUAGCUUUGGCAGCAAGAACUGUCACCAGCAAGCUAUAACUCUAAUAUCAGAAUGGAUGUCAAGCAAUAAAAACAGGAUUCCCCCAAAUGUCAGAGAUAUUGUCUAUUGCACUGGUGUGUCAUUAAUGGAAGAGGAUGUCUGGGAAUUUUUGUGGAUGAAAUUCCAUUCUUCCACAGCAGUUUCAGAGAAGAAAAUAUUACUAGAAGCUUUAACAUGCAGUGACAACAAAAACCUACUGAAUAAGCUGCUUAACCUGUCACUUAACUCGGAUGUUGUUGCCGAACAGGAUGCUAUAGAUGUAAUUAUACAUGUCGCACGCAAUCCACAGGGACGCAAUUUAGCAUGGAGGUUUUUCAAGGACAAGUGGACAAUUUUACAUUCUAGAUAUGGAGAGGCUUUGUUUAUGACUACAAAGCUUGUAAGUGGAGUUACAGAGUUUCUUAAUACAGAAAGAGAAUUAAAUGAGCUCAAUGACUUUAUAAGAAAACAUGGAGGGGGUGAAGGAUCAACUUCUUCAUUCACAAGAGCUGUAGAAAUUGUUGAAGCAAAUGUACGGUGGCAUACUCUUUAUAAGGAGCAGCUCUUCCAGUGGCUAAGGAACUCUUUGAGCAGUUAGUUUACAGGAAUUGCUCAGAUUUUUAGCAUGAGCAUUUGUCAAAGCAUUUGAACUACAGUAUUUUGGAGCUAAAGAUCAUUAGCUCUGCAGUGACAAUUUUGCACUGAUAUUGUGAGAAGAAUGAAAGAGCUACACAUAUGUGGGACUAAUGAUUGCCUGCACUUUAAUAAUUUAAUCUGUGUGGGAAGAAGGAUGUCAUUCAUUGGUGCAUGUUGUUUUUGUUUACUGAAAAUCCCUUAUUAAGAAAACAAUAUUUUUGCAUGAUUGUAUGGUCCAUACCAAUAUUUCAGCAUGCAGAUAUGUACAAUUUCCAAGUUUUAUGUAUAGACAUUAUUCAUUUAUACAGAAGGGGCAUUAUCUCACAGUUUGUUAAAGCACGUGACCUGUGUGACAAUCAUUGCUGUAAUGAUGGGAAUAAAAUGAUCAGACAGCAGGAUAUAGGCAGUUACGGUGUCACUGAAAACAAAUCUUCGGUUAGCUGACAGUUAUAUUGCAAAGAGAGUUGCUGUUCUGAGACAUAUGGAGAUUUAGAAAAGUGGACGAUUACCAUUACAUUCCGUAUGUUUGUUUAUUACAUAUACUUUUUUAAUCUUUGGAAAGAAAUCUGUAUUUUUCAAGGCUGCUGCUUAUAGAAUAAGCACCGAACAAGAGUUUAGUACAGACUGAAUGAUGUACAAAAGUUCACUGCUCUGGUUUUAUACUGUGUGGCAACAUAUCUCCAGCCAUUACACAAUGGAGCAACAAACUGCACAGGCAGAUUGAAUUUCAUUCCACACAAAUCAUGUACAGAGUUCUAAAACACUAGCAAAAUGCAAUUAUUCCUACCGUUGACAUGGGCACUCAGUAAAGUGAAACAUCAGUAAUAAAAACAAAACAAAAACAACAACAAAAAAAAAAAAUUGCAAAUGUGUGUUACAGGCAAACCACAUGAAAAUGAAAAAAAGAAUGCAUAAAAAGAAAUAUUUGCAGACUUACCUCACUGGAUGAUUAUUCAAUUUGUAGUACCUCUUACUGUGUUAAUUGUUAUAAAGCUGGUGUACUCCAUAACAAAAAUACAUUUUAUGCUACUUCUAAUUUUGGACUGUAUUGUAACAUGUUGACUUUUCUCAGUUUUAAAUAUAAAAUAAUAAAGCAUAUUAUUUUUAUUCA